AUGGUGCUAGAACACGAAUACGGUUGUAACACACAGAAUCGUUUUCUUAGUUUUGUUGAUCAUGAUGAGGAUCCCGAAGUAUUUAUAUCAAAACAGGCGACAGCUAGUGAAAAAGAAAACAAGAAAACAAAAGAUGCAAAACCAUCAGCAACUAAAAAAAGUACAACUUCAACGACGACAAAAUCUACCACGAUAACAACUGGUAAAGGUACAACAACAACGUCUAGUACAACCACAACCGGCUCUGUGGGCAAAGAAAAUGUUAGUGGAAAAAGUACCGAUUCUAAAAAAAUAACAGCUGCCAAACCGGUAUUUAGUGAUAUUAACAAUAAACAGCAAUCACAACAACGCGAAGGUGGCAGCAUCGAUCAACAACGACGACCUCAAAGUGGACAACAAAGUGAACGUGGUCGCAGACCCGGACCGAGACGCGGUGGUAACGACCGUCCGCCUUAUGAACCACGAGAAUAUCAUCAAAAUGAAGGAAAUUUUCAACGAGGAGGUGGUCAACGAUAUGUAAGAUUUAAUAAUCGUGAUAAUAAUAAUCAGUUUCAAGGACCACAACAACAGGGCGUCGAUGCUAGCGGUUUUGCUGGUAAUGAUGCUCAAUGGACAGAAAGCGAAACACAAAAUAAUGAUCAACAACAACCGCGCGAUAAUUUUGGCGGUGGUGGAAGAGGCGAAUUUCGAGGACGGGGUCGCGGGCGUGGCCGUGGUAAUUUUGAAGGACGAGGUCGCGGAAAUUAUGAAGGCAGAGGCAGUUUUGAAGGACGAGGCAAUUUUGAAGGAAGAGGAAAUUUUGAAGGCCGAGGCAGAGGUCGUGGCAGAGGAAAUUAUAGAUAUCAUCACGAUGAUGAUCAGCAACAACAGCCACAACAGCAAGAAAGCGGUUUUGAAGGAGGUAAUUUUGAAACAGAACGUCCACCAGGUGGUGAAGGUGAAGAAGCUGGCCAGGAAAAAUCAUUUGAAAAUGAUGGAGGUUUUCAACGACGUGGUCGAGGUAAUUAUCGUGGAAGAGGUCAAAAUUACCGUGGAAAUAGGGUAAUAAGAAAUACAGAGAUGGGUGGUGGUGGAGGUGGUUAUUUUGAAAAGUCGAGUGAAGGUGACGAAUCGAAUAAUAAUUACCGUCAACCGCGAUACGAUCGUCGGCCACGAAACGAAGUCGGCGUGAAACCACUAGAAAAACGAGAAGGUGGUGGUGCUCAUAAUUGGGGUAAACAGGAAGAUCAAACUGGUGAUGACCAAGAAGUUACUGAUGAAACAGCCGAUGCAUCUCGUACACCAACAAAAAAAGCUGAUUGGUCUGAACAAGUUGAUCAAGAGGAACAGCAACGUGAAGCUGAGCAAAUGACACUGGAUGAAUAUAAAAAACAACAAGAAUUGAAAAAGAAACAACAUAAUGCUGCGCAACAACACUUUAAUAUUCGCCAAGCUGGUGAAGGAGAAGAUCCAAAAGUAUGGCAACAACCGGGCAAAAUAUAUAGAAAAAAAGAGUUAGGUGAGGAAGAAAAUGAGGAUGAUGAUGGCGAAGAAAUAGAAGAAGAAGAGGAAGGCGAAGAAGAAGAGCAGGAAGAAGAAAGCGAGCAAAAAACACAUGAAGAAAAGAAGGCUCCACAAAUUCAAAUCAAAUUUUAUGAACCAAUAAUGCGUGGAAGUCCUCGUCGACCAUUCGGUGAUAGAAGAGGUGGUGAACGACGAUCAGAAGGUGGUCAUGGCGGUUACCGUGAUAAUAAUCAAAGAAGAAACUAUUCGCAACUACAAGAUGAAAAUGUAGGUGAACCAUCUCAACAAACGGGUAGUGAUGAACAACGACAACAAUAUCGUAAUGAAGGCGACUCAUCGUAUCAAAGAGGUGGCAGAGGUCAUCGUGGAAAUGACAGUUAUCAAAAACGUCAACGUGAUGAUUAUGGUCAACCACAGCGUGGCUAUGGCCCUCGUGGUGGUGGCUUUCGUGGUUCAGGCCAGCAAGGAUCGCGGGAAGGACGUGGAAAUGACAGUCGUAAUUUUACAACGAACGAAGAAGAUUUUCCAACGUUAAAAUCAACUUAA